AUGAUACAACUUCCAAGCACGUGGAUAUCCAUAGAAGGGCAUAGGAGGCUAGCUCAAAUCAUCCCAGAUCAUGUGCAAGAAUGGUGGGACAAAUGGGAGAUACGAGGACUUAUUUUGAUUAGCCUUCUCACACAGAUUGUAUUAACACUACUAGGUGACCGUACAAAAUAUAAACCCAAUAUGUGGAUUAGAGCAAUUUUGUGGUCUGCGUAUUUGCUUGCAGAUUGGGUUGCAGCAGUAGCAAUGGGUGUCAUCUCCAGCAGUCUAGGAGACUUCUACAAUAAGGGGGAACAACCAAAGAAUGCUAAUCCUCAGCUUCUAGCAUUUUGGGCUCCAUUUUUUCUAUUGCACCUUGGAGGUCCUGAUUCCAUCACAGCUUAUGCAUUAGAAGACAAUGAGUUAUGGCUGAGGCACUUUGUUGGUUUGUACGGGGAAAGGGCUUGGUCACUAUAUUGUGGAAGUAUCAAACAUCUUCGAGAUUCUUUCCUUAAUUCAUUGGAUUCUUCUAGGAAGAGUGAACUGUGGCAAGAAUCCAGAAACAGUGGAGUAGGAGAAUUGAGGUCAUGUCUUGGAACCAUUUAUAUCUUCAUAAGCCUCUUUGUUGAUUUGGUGUUGAGCCCAUUGGACAAUACUCGAGAUAAACAAAAAUUACAAAAUGAGGCAAUUUACGACUGUAUCAAGCCUUUUACUUGGGUGAAAAUCGAACUUGAAAUUUUGUACGAUGUCUUCUACACCAAGGCAUUUGCAAAUUAUGGCGUCUUGGGUUUUAUCACUCGUUUACUCACUCUAUCUGCCACUAUCGUUGUGCUUGUGUUAUAUGCUAAUUUAAGCGAAAAGAAGGAGCACCAGAUUAUGGAUCACAUCAUUACAUACUUGUUGUUGGUUGGAGCUUUAAUCAUGGAAAUAUAUUCCUUUAUAUUGGUUUCCAUUUCCAGAUGGACAACGAUCUACUUUUCAAUGAAGGGUUUGGGUCAAAUUUGUAUGCCUCUAAGUUGUUUACACUUCCGGUUAUAUGCCUUACGUUUUACACAACGAACUAGUUUGGCACAAUCGAACUUCUUCCAUUUGAUUUGCAGCAAAAGUUUGAAGAUGAAGGGUGAUCAGCUCCCAACGAACAAGUUAGAAAGCACACCCAAGUGUGUUGGUAGUUGCUUAACCUCUCAUUAUUUGCUAGAAACGAUCUUUCGAAACUUGCUGGAUAAAUCAUACACACAGUCAAAUCCUUCGGGUGCCCCUGGAUAUAGGAAUCUUUUGUUGGAAAACAAAGACCCAAUCUUCUCAAGUGAACUUGAAUUUCAUAGAACAAUUAUCACAUGGCACAUUGCUACAGAUCUGUUGUAUUACUCUACCCACGAUUCAUGUUCUGAAGUAGACAGAAGGAAGAAUAACUGCAAGGAGAUGUCUGAUUAUAUGUUUUACCUCCUGGUCAAGCAACGUCACAUGUUGCCCGUAGGAGCAGGGUUGAUAACUCUUCGUGACACAGUAAUUGAAGCCAUGGAAUAUUUUGAACAUGUCAAAGUUCCUCCACAACAAAGCAACUUAUCAGAAACUUGUAAGGUACUGCUUCGACAUGACACAGCCACAGCAGGAGCAAGAGAUGAUGAAGUCCGAAGAUGCAAAGUUUAUCAGUUCUGA